UGUCACCGACUCACAGUGUCACUUUAAGUUUACAGGAUAGUCAUAGCUCUCUUAUCUCUUCUUUGAAUUAAAAAAUAGAUGUUGCCCAUUGCCAACUUCUUAAUUCUUCAAAAGAUUUGAAUAAUAAUGGCAUCUCCAUCUGACAAUGAUUUGACACGGUUGGCAGCGGAAGCACUGAUGCGCGAGGCGGUGAGAGGAGCGGCACGCGCAAGCCUUGCUGGGCCCAGCGGCUGGAGAAAGCCCAACAGAGGGGAACCCAACAAGAAAUUUCUCGCCAACACCAUCAGGGGUGCUGUAUUUUCUAACAAGAUACGGGAGACAAAACUCAGUCAACGAAGUAACUUGAAGAAAGAAGCACUGGAAGAGUUGGUUAGAGAUUCUCGAAAGUAUAAGAAAAAAUACCUCAAAGCAUCAACCAAGAGUUGCAACGUAAACACUAGUUUAAGCAGUUCCAAAUCCGACCCAACAAAGAAUGAACCUCGUAAAGCGCCACUGAAUGACCGAAUUAUGCCUCCCUCUCCUUCCCCCGGCAUUGAUGGUCGUAUUAUAAGCGAGACUUGCGUCGUGUGGACCGAGGAAAACUACCUCGAACUCCGGCCUGUCACUGAGGAAGAAAGAAAAUCUAAACAAAAGGAGAAAUCUUUACUCAGAGCUAAGAAAAAGCUAAGAUCAUUAAAUUUUAUACCGGCCAAAAACGCAUCCUGACAAUUCAUCAUACGUGUUAAUAAUCCCUAAUUUAGUCGAUCUGGCAGGUAUUACAAAUGAAAAAAAAAAAUCGU